AUGUACAGCAGCGUCUGUGCUUUCCGUUCAAGUGCACGUACACCUCCGCCGUCGCGGGAUCGCCUGGCCCUGGGGCACGGCGAGCCCAUGGCCAGGAAGGAGCCGCUGCUCAGCGCCCUUAAAGGAGCGGUGCUGCGGCUGCGGGAGGCCGGGGGCCCCUGCACGGACACCUCGCCGCACCUCGUGUCCCUCUGCCAGCUGCUGGAGAGCAUCCUGCGCAAGGGGCUCCGACAACCGGCCUGGGGAUUCCGCAGGCGGGAUUACUGGCACUGGCUGGAGCAGCUCCCUGCGGGCACCAGCGGCCGGCCGGAGCCUCUGUCCGUGAGCAUCCGCAGGGCCGCGGGCUGCGAGCGGGCGCGGACGGCGCAGGGCCGCGGGCGCUGCUGGCUGCGCUGGGCCCUGCGGGGGAAGGCGCUGGCGGCGGCCGUGGCGCAGCUGGCACAGAGCCCCCCGCUCCUGCAGUUCUAUGACCCAGGAAGCUCCAUCCUCGGCAGGGAAGAUCUCCGGGAGCCAUUCCUCUCGCUGCUGCUGCUGCUGACAGAGAUAGAUUUCUCCCUGGAACUGCAGAAUUGCAGCUUCUUGGACGAGAGCUGGCUGCUGCCGGUGUGCAGUAUUUAUGAGACAGUCCCGUGCCAAGCACUGGGGAUGAUGCUCAGGUACGUGGAUGGCCGAGUCUUUGUUACCGAGGUGCUCCCCGAGAGCCAGGCAGAGGCGGACGAGGUGGUGCUGGCCGGUGACAUCCUGGAUGAGAUCAACGGCUGCUGCCUGAGAUCCGCCUCCCCCGGGCAGGCUGGGGCUGUGCUGCAGAGGCUGAAGGGAGAACCGCUGGCCCUGCGCCUGCUGCGGUGGCGCUGGCACGACGGGAGCGUCUUUGAGCCGCUGCUGCCCUACCUGGAGGCCCUGAAGGAGAAGGAGCCGCAGUUCCAGCUGCAGCACAGCCCCCGGCACAGCCCCAGGGGCGAGGGGCAGCCCCGGCAGCUGCAGGGGGGCAGGCUGCUCUACAAGCUGCGGUUCCUGGGCCAGACCAGCGUUGGGACGUAUGGUGGCAAAGAGGUGCUGGAGGGGGCCAUCCCUGCUGUGCUGGAAAGGAACUUGGCACCACGGGAGGUUUUAUUUGAUGUGAGGGAGGCAGAAGUCCUUGUGCAGGAAAAGGCUUCCUCCAAGCUCCUGUGCCGCCAUCCCUACCCCUCCAUCUCCUGCGUGGGACGCUGCACGUGGAGCCCCAGGAUCUUUGCCCUGUGUGUGCUCUCUUCCCCCGAGAGCCCUGACAGGAGCACGUUCCACUGCCUGGUGUUUGCAUCCAGCUCUGAGCAGGAAUGCGAGGAAAUCGUCGGGAGAAUGGCUGCAGGAUUCAAGCACACAGAGUGGCUUGUCUGAGGGAGAGGAGCACCAUGAGGCACCAGCAGCAGCAGCAGCUGAGGGAUGCAGGCCCUGCCUCCCACAGCGAGUUGGGAUGGAUUUCAUGCUCUCCCUCACCAUUGUGGUGGCAGACCAUCCUCUUCCUCACCAUCCUGGGUGGGAGAUCACGGAUACUGGGACCUGGUGGGGACUGCUGCACAAUUUCCACUGGAAUAAAUCAAGCCAGGCUGGCUCAACCA